AUGAACAACGUUCGAGAGAACCCACUCCUCGACAACCAUGAGGAGCUUGAAACAGUCGACCGCGUUAGAGAGUCUUCUGGCUCCAAGAAGAAAGUUUUCCUUUACGGAACAAUUAUUUGCGGCUCCAUUAUAAUUGGUGUCAUUAUUGGCAUGAUGGCCGCAUUUGCCUACAAACCAGGCACAAAGCAUAUUGUUUACAACCAAUAUGAUGCAUUACCAGAUUGCCAAACUUAUUCUUCAUUCUCUUGCAGUGGUUCUAACUCUGCAAUGGAUUCUAAAUACUGCGAAAACAGAUGGAAUACACCAAAGCGUGGUCAAGAUGCAUGGAAACCAGGCUUCCAGGAUAUGUCCACAUUAGCUGGCUAUGCUCAAUUAAAGUACGCAGCAGGAAUGAAAUCUUGCACAGUUAACAUCAUCACAAAGACAUCCAGAGACCUUUCUCUUACAUACUACUUUGAUGGAGUUGCUCAAACUUCAAGUUCUAAGACAUUCGAUUCUUCCUACAACAAAGUCUUAAAGGUCAAGGUUAUUGCUGCUUCCGGUGAAAUCCUUGAGCUUGAUGGCAUUGACUUUGCUUGGAAUGCUGCUGCAAUCAAGUCUCGUUCUUACGACUACAGAAAAGGCCAGAAGGGUGCUAUCGUAGAACUUUUCGGCUGA